GUGUGCGGUAUAUACAUGAUAGCAGAGCCUGAUAAGCGAAUUCAGGUCAUAUUUAACUAUCUAGAUGUACCAUGCGACAACGGCGGCUUAGUAGCGUGGAUUGAUGGCUGGGAGCUGAAUGGGCAAGUCUGGCCAGCUGAUUCGUGGGAUGAUGACAGAGUUGUCGAGUCUUGUGACAGUCGACCCCAACGCAAAUUGGUCUCCCGACAGAACGCUGCCUUAGUACAAUAUCGUGUACCGGCUCGCGGCAAAGGAUUCGCGAUCACUAUAAGACAUUUAAGGAAUGCAAGGCCAUGCAACUUGAUGCUGUUCGGAUCUGAAGGUGUAUACACGUUGCGUAACCACGGCGAAACUGGGAACUGCUCCAUGCUUGCUGUUUCUCCAACCGCGGUCCGCGUUCUGGACCUUAACAUCGGGCAGUCUAUUAAAAAAGGAACGCUAUUGAAUGUGGAAACUGGAACCAUUUCUCGUUGCACAAAGCGUGGCCUUGUGGACUACGCGGAUAUUGGGGGAGCCAGCGGCCUUGACCACACCAAAAUGGAAAUCUACGACAGUAUAUGUGGUCUAGACUCGAACGAAGCGCAUCGUCCAAUACUAAUCGCGUGCGAGGACACAGUCGUCCGACUGGUCUCCAGCGGGAGAUACCAGAAUUCGAUCACCGUGGCAUUCUCUUCACUUCCCUUCGAACACUAUGAACACGCUGAUUUGAUCUGCGGAAUUAAUGAUAUUUAAACGCACAGUCAUUAACCUGGACAUCGCUUUGACUCUGGCGACUUAAGAUGUUCUCGCCUUUGAUCCCUUGUAAAUCCUAAGUACGAAUUGUUUAUUGAACAUAUAAAAAAAAUCUUAUAUAAAAUGCUAAAUUUUAUUUUAUAUUGUUAAAAAAAUAUAAAAGAAUGACGUAAAUUGCAUGUUUCCGGAAUUCAAAACUUGUCUCAUAUUUAAAAUAAAAUAUGGAUGUUAAAAAAAUUAUAUUUUAUGCUAUUAGACUGAAUUAUGUAUAUGUUAUUAGUUUAUCUCAUCACUAAAUAUUCGAUAAGUGGCAAAUUUUCCUUAACUAUCUAUACUGUAUAAGAUUAAUAUAGUGAUUUAAAAUAAUUUUCAAAGUAGAAAUAGCAUACUUACAAAAUUACUUUGUAAUUCUAAAUGUAUUCUCACGUAACGUACUUCAGAAAUAAACGUAGAAACUGUAUGUAUCUAGUCAAUCGGUUAAGACGGGUAGAUAUUUCCCAGCCGCCAAAUAAAUAAGGUAGUUUAUAUCGAAGCAUUUGUUUAAUUUUAUCUUUGGAUGAUAUAUUUAUUGAAUUAUUAUGUUUUCAACGAGAAUUUGUUUUUUAUUUCUCCCUUUUAAAAGUAAAAUUUUAUGUGAAAAAGAAAUAGUGCUUGUAAAAAUUUGUAUCUACACUAUACUGAUCUUUGUAGUGAUCUGAGCAUGUGUGUUGCAUUAUGUAUACAUUCGUGUCUUUGUAUAUAGUUAGAGCGCACAUUUUAACCCUUAGAGAGUGAUGUUUAAUAAAAUGUGUCACUAUA